GGAUACUCGAGCCUCGAGUGUGUCGCUGUCCGCGGUUCAGUUGCGCCCGAUACGCCGUCAAUCUUCGACGUCGCCGCCGAACUUACGCCAACAGAGUUUCGACGGUUUUCCCCACGAUCUCCGCCCCGUAACGUCCGUCGACCGAUCUAAAUUUUCUCGUCCCGCAACAACUAGUGGUCGCGGCGUCCCGUUCAAGUCUCCAGACGCGACGACAUGGCCAAUUACGUUUCCACAAAAUGUACUCCUACUGUGUUUGCAUCACCAAAUUUCGAUGCAAAAGAAGAUGCGAUUGCUCUUAAAAAGGCUAUGAAAGGCUUUGGAUGUGACCAAAAAGUCAUAAUUGACGUAAUCGCCAAUCGAGGCGUUGUGCAACGAAUUGAAAUCGCAGAGGCCUUCAAGACGUUGUACGGAAAGGAUCUGAAAAAAGAGUUAAAAAACGAACUAAGUGGACACUUCGAGGACACCGUGUUGGCCAUGAUGACGCCACUUCCGGACUUGUACGCAAAGGAGUUGCAUGACGCCAUCUCCGGAAUAGGCACCCACGAGGAAGUGCUCGUUGAGAUAUUGUGUACCUUGAGCAAUUUUGGUGUACGGACAGUAGCAGAAUGUUACGAAAAACUGUACGGACACAAUCUCGAGAAGGAUAUUAAAGGUGACACAUCGGGCCAUUUCAAACGUCUUUGCGUAUCCUUAAGUAUGGGAAACCGAGAUGAAACUCCUACUGUUGAUGAGAACGCGGCUCGUUUAGAUGCUGAGGCUUUGUACAACGCAGGAGAAAAAAUAAAAUGGGGAACGGACGAAUCGGAAUUCAACAGGAUUUUGGUUACUAAAAGUUACCAGCAUUUGAGGCGCGUAUUUGUGGAGUAUGAAAAAUUGGCUUCCAAAGACUUGGAAGAAUCAAUCAAAAGCGAAUUUUCUGGAGAUAUUUGCAUGGGUCUAUUGUCUCUAGUGAAGUGUGUGAAGAGUAAAGUCGACUUCUUCGCGGAGCGUUUACAUAAGAGUAUGGCCGGCUUGGGAACAGAUGACAAAACACUGAUAAGAAUCAUCGUGUCCAGAUCGGAAAUCGACCUAGGAGACAUAAAACAAGUGUUCGAAAAGAAGUACGGUAAAAGUUUGGAGUCGUGGGUAACCGGAGAUACCUCUGGAGACUACAAGAAAUUAUUGUUAAAAAUCAUCGCUUAAACGGCUGUUUAAUUUUAACAUUUUUCUCGGGUGACUUCAUUCAUACAUCAAAUUAUAUUUUAAAUCAUUAUAUUAUUGUUAUUUUAUUAAGUUUCAUCAAUUAUUUUAUAUUAUACCUACAUUAAAUUUAAUUUUAUAAGGAAAGUACGCAUAGGAACUAAAUUAUAUUGUGAUUUUUUCUAAAAACUUAAACCUAUUGGAUUUUUAUACUUAUUGCUUAAUUUUACUAUACAUAAUAAACCUAUUUAUUGUUUAAUAUUGACUGACCAAGAUAUAUUAACAUGCUGGUGUUCAAUAAAAAUGUCAGUAUAGGCAGUAGUACAGAAUUUACAAUUUAAAUACUGUGCUUAAACUAACAAUAUCACUAUUUUAAAUUCUACUGCUUUUGUGUAAAAUUAUUUUGCAUAUUCAUAUUUUAUUCUAUAUUCUUGGGACCAAGUUAGAUAAUGCUUAAAUAAAAUUAAACUAUAUACACUUAGUAAAAACAAUAGUAUCAGUUUUAUUAUUUUAAUUUUUAAUAGUUUAUCAAAUAUUAAAUAGAUUUGAUAUUUUUGAAAAAAAUUAUUUAAUGUUAAAUGUUUAUUAUGUUGGUCGAAAUAUAGAUUUCGUCGAUGACAGGCAAACGGUCACUUUAUACGGUCCAUUGUUUAAAAUGCAUGCACUUUUUGUAUUAAAAUGUACAUAAAGUAAACAUUUAAAUAUAGCUUAUAAGUAUAUACAACA